AUGGCAGAGGCAAUUAAGCCCCAUGCAGUUUGUAUAGCAUAUCCACAUCAAAGCCACAUCAAAGCCACAAUGAAUCUAGCUAAACUCCUUCACCACAGGGGCUUCUUCAUUACUUUUGUUAACACAGAUUUCAACCACAAACGGUUGCUCAGAUCUAAAGGUCCGAGUUUUCUGGAGUGCUUGCCGGACUUCCGUUCCGAAACUAUCCCACAUGGCCUGUCUCCUUCUGAUUCAGAUUCCAGCCAAGACGCUAGUGCUCUUUGUGAAUCCAUUACGCACAACUUUCUUGCUCCCUUCAGGAACCUCCUUGUGAAACUCAACGAGAAUCCCUCCACUGAAAAUCCUCCAGUGACUUGCAUAGUCGCUGAUGGUUUAAUGUCCUUCACUUUUGCUGCAGCUGAAGAAUUUGGCAUUCCUGUUGCUGCUGUCUUCACCCUGGCAGCUAGUGGAGUAAUGGGCUUUUACAAGUUUUGUUCUCUCUUUGAAAAUGGUCUGGCGCCGCUGAGAGGUACAAGUAUAAAUUCAAGGUUAAAUUACUAA